GCUCAGCAUCACUGCAGAGCCGCCAGAGGAGGGAGAGAGAGGAGCAGAGGGGGAGACGACAGGAGGAAAGACUUAAAGAGGAGGAAACGGCAGCAGCAACAUGAAGCGACGGCAGCUGAAACAGAAGUUGGUGACUGAGUCCAGGUGAGGUGGCAGUGGGCGGGGAUUAGCCCGCCGAGCCGCCGUCUGAUUGGUGGGUGGUGAUGAUCGCAACUGGCGGCCUCCUGCGGAUUAACGCGCGGCGACAGGACUCACUGAAGUCCAAAACAAACAAAGCACACGCACACAAGAGGAAGAACAAGAAGAAGAGGAGGAGCGAGGUGGUGGUGGUGAAGGGCAAGUUGAAGCUGUUUUCGAUCGCAGGUCUUGUGGCAGCCCUUGGCAUCCUGGUCCUGCUGGUGGGUGCGGUCAUGGCGGCUCUGGGCUACUGGCCUCGAGGCGGACUGUUUAUCAGCACUCAGCCACAGGAGGGUGCCGCCAUGGCCUCAGUGUCCUCCAGCAGCUCCACACCUGCACCUGGUGAUGCUCUGGUAAGAUCCAGAUGUAAAUGCUCCCCGUCCCAGAUCGAGCCUGGCAACCAGGAAACAGUAGAACAUGUCAGGAGGCAGGAGAACAUGGAGGCCAGAGGGGGGGGGGCCGGGGGAGUACAUGAAGGAGACGACACAGAAGGAGAGGAGAAGAAGAAAGGAGGUGACGAUGGAUUUAACAUCAAAGAAAACAUGAACGGGACGACUCCACAGCUUCCACAAGGCUUUCUGCAGGACUUUUGGACAGGGGGGUUCAGGUAUCUGUACUCUGAUAGGCUGAAGGUCUUUGGCCCUCUCAUCAUGGGCAUCGGGAUUUUCCUCUUCAUCUGUGCGAACGCCGUCCUGCACGAGAACCGCGACAAGAAGACCAAGGUCAUCAACCUGCGGGACAUUUACUCCACCGUCAUCGACCUCCACAGCUCCGCAAACCCAACUCCUCCGCCCGCCGCUCCUCCGCCAACCCCUCAAUGGCCUCGUUAA